UCUUUUUAAAGAGAAUCUCUUUCUCUUUCUUUGUUCAUUAUAUAUAUUACAUAUAUAUAAUAAUAAUAAUUUUAAAAUUACUUUUAAUGAAAUUAUUAUCACAAAAUGUCUCUUUUAUUAGAAAAGUUUGCAAUUUUCUUAAUUUUAAUUCUAACGAUAAUCCUCCCCUCAAAUAAUUUGAUCAUGGCUCAAACAAAUAAUGCCGCAAUUUGUCAUUCUUCUGCUAAUCCUUGUAUCAAAAUUAAUGAUUUAUUAAAACCUUGUGGUGAGACAUUACCUAUGCCUCCCAAAUUAAAUGAUACUGAUACAAUUCAAAACGUUAGUUAUUUUGUUGGAAACUCUGAUGAAGCGAAAUGUUGGUGUAAUAAAGAAUUUUAUGAUUUAUUAUUAAAUUGUACGACAUGUUUGUCUAGCCCAACCGUUAAUGCGACCGUAUCUCCAUUGGAUGAUUAUAAAAAUGAUUGUAAAAAAUAUGGAACAGAAUUCAAAGAACCAAAACAAUCAAGUUCUUUAACAAAAACACCAUCAGAAGCAUCAGGAGCGAGAGGUCCAAAUAAACUUUUAAUUGCUCUCGGCGUUAGCGCAUUGGUAACAUUAUUAGCGAGUUUGGCCUUUUGUUUGUGUGUCAUCAGAAGAAAAAAGAUAAAGUCCCGUGCUUAUGCAAAAUUGAAAUCAGAUUAUUAUGCAUCAAAAGGAAGAGGAAUUAACAUUAGUGGAAGAAAUGUCGUUAAUGAAAAUGAUGAAAAGGAAUUAUAUUCCCCUUCAGUUCCAAUGCCACCACCAUUAGCUCAUCAACCUCAACAAAAUGAACAACAACAACAGCAGCAGCAGCAAAAACAACAGCAACAAUCGAUGGAUCAGAAUCAACAUAAUUCUUAUAAUUUUAAUAAUGCAAUAUACGGGGAACAGCAAUAUUAUGUGGAGGCGAAUCAAGCUCAAGUACCAAGAUCCAGUCAUGAAUGUUCUGAUAAUGUUAAUAAUAAUCAUCAAAAUUAUCCCAAAUAAUAUUUAGUUUGUAUAUAAUAUAUAUAUAUAUAUACACAGUA